UUGCCGGUAUUUAUCGGAGCCUACGGAAUGCGACGCGUCUGGUCUGGUGGGUUCGUGGCAAGCUCGUGCUGUUACGACGGUUAUUAGUUCGCAACGAGUCUGUGAGGGGUGUAGUCCACAAUGGAAUGGUCCGAAGAAAAAUCGUUGUGUUUAGUUGGGAACUACAAAUUACAUAGGAAUUUGUGGGAUUCUAGGCACUUUGACUAUUUCAAGAAGGAUGUAAAAACGAGAACGUGGAAUAAAAUUGGCUUAGCUGUAGGAGCAUCACCGGCAGAUUGUAAAAGAAAAAUUAUGAGCUUAUUGGCCACAUAUAGAAAAGAAAAAAAUAAAAUACGGACGUCAAAGAAAGAAGGAUCGGAUGAAGUUUAUACUACUCGUUGGUUCGCCUAUAAUGCCCUGCAAUUUUUAAAAUUGAGAAACAAGCCUUGGGAUAAUAGGGCGUCAUUAGUAGUUGACAAUGAAACUCCAGAAGUAGUGAGUGAACCACCACCUGUCAGACAACCACAACAAGUCAGACCUGCCACAUCAGUGUCUGAUAAUAAACAACUCGUUACUGAAGACUUGGCCCCAGAGAGAGAAUUUCAGACUACUGCAAAAAGGUUUAGAAAGGACACUGAACAAUCAGAAUUUGACAUAUUUGGUCAAAGUGUCGCUUCGCAACUAAAAAGCUUGCCUCUAAAAGAGGCCUUGGAGCUUCAGCUGGAACUUCAACAAAUUAUAACAGAGAAGAGACUAAUACUAUUACAACAAAAUUGUUUUGCAAAUAGUAUGGAUUCGAUGAUACUUCACAGUGAAUGUAAGAUGUCGCCUGAAUAAUAGAGUUGGUGCUAUUUCAUGAUAUUGAUAUCUGAAUGCUGUUAACUUAAAAUAUUUUGUUCUUCACUAUUGUCCUUAAAUCAUUUACCAAAUAUAAUUGUUCAUGUUAUAUGGUUGUAAAAGUUGCUAUUUAAAGUAUAAUUUUAAUAA